CGGGUCGGCUCGUCAUUCAAGCUCCUCCCAGCACCACAGCGAGGAGUAAGAGCUGGAUGGGGAGCCGAGCCGGGAAGCCAUAGAAACAGGCGGAUUGGUAAUCCUCUUUGUGUUUCAUUUAACUUCAUCCCAACACCCGUCUCUGUCCUGGAGCAUCUCUACAGUACCCGAAUCGACGGCAGCGCCAUGGGUUUCCUCGCCGCGGUGUCUGCCAUCUUUGGCUGGAUCUACUUUCUCUGCUGGUCGCUUUCCUUCUACCCGCAGGCGUUGCUCAACUACCGCCGCAAGUCGACCUCGGGCACCACAAUAGACUUUCCCAUGAUAAACACGUUGGGCUUCGCAGCCUAUUUCGCCUUCAACGCCGCCAUGUUCUACUCGCCCGUCAUCCGAAGCCAGUACGCGGCCCGCAACCACGGCCUGACCCCGACGGUGCAGUUCAACGACGUCACCUUUGCCGCCCACGCCCUCGUCCUCUCGAGCAUCACCGCGAGCCAGUACGUGCCCGGCCUCUGGCGCGGUUUCGAGCGCGCCCUGGGCGGCGCGCGGCCGAGUCGCUUCAUGCUGGGCAUAGCCCUGGGCAGCGUCGCGGGCGUGCUGGCCGUCGUCUUCGUCGUCGCAGCCCGCGAGGGCGACCCUUCUCUGCCGCCCGUCGACCCCCGCCGCGACUGGUGCUGGCUCGACGUCUUCUACGCCGUCAGCUACGUCAAGCUCGUCAUCACGCUCGUCAAGUACACGCCGCAGAUCGUGGCCAACUGGAGGAACCGCAGCACCCAGGGCUGGAGCAUCUGGCAGAUCCUGCUCGACUUCUCGGGCGGCGUGCUCAGCAUCACCCAGCAGGGACUCGACAGCUAUAUGCAGGGCGACUGGUCCGGCAUCACUGGUAACCCGGUCAAGUUCGCGCUCGGCAACGUCUCGAUGCUGUACGACCUCGUCUUCUUCACGCAGCACUACGUCCUCUACCCGCCUGGCAAGGAGAACGGCCUCGGCGAGAGGGACGGGUUGCUAGAGCGCGGCGAGGCCGAUAGACGGUUGGACUAGUUGGGGCGGGGCCCUGACGAUAGGCAAUUGAUGGCCGAAUGAAUAUAGGCGAGAGCUCGGGUUUGAGGCAUGGCACUCCAUACUUGACCGCGGUCCAAAAAGAAUAAAUACAAGAAUAAGGCACAACAAGUGCGAUUUUGAGCUGUGAUACCAUCCAUGAUGUGUAUAUAACAAAUGCAUACUCAUAGCGGCA